CUUGCUUCUUCAUUAGGCAUCCCCGUAUCUUUCCUCACCCCCUUCGCCGUCCGACUCAAAUUUCGAACAGAGAAAGAAGUACGCGUGAGUGACAGAGAGAGAGAGAGAGGGAGAGGGAGAGGGAGAGCGCACAUUGUGAUCCCCGACUGAUGGCAACAACGACAACAAGAUCGCCUUCCCCCAACCCGUCCCGACCCAGAACCCCCGACGCCAGCGUCGCCAGGAAGAGCUGCACCGCCAUUGCCUCGGCCUUCUCAGAGCCCCAUCAGAGGAGCGCCGGUGGCAAGUCGGGAGUGGCGUUGGCGGCGUCUUCGCGUGCGUCGCUCGAGCAAAGGGAGAACGAGAGGGACCUGAACUGCAGCGCCUCCUCCAAGCCCUCGGCCGUCAGGGCGAGGUCCCCCGCGCCGUCAUCUUGUUGCUCGGCCAAGGGAGCCAAGAACUUCAUGGCCCCCACGAUCUCCGCCGCCUCCAAGGCCGUGGCCGCGUCGCCGAAGAGGAGGAUCCUCGCGGAGAGGAACGAGACCGUGCCCGUCGUCCGGUCUUCCCUCACCUCGCUCUUGGACGAAUCUCCGGCGCCAGAAGAGUUUCCUGCGAAGAGAAGGGUCAGUUUCGGUGCGCGGCCGCAUCAAGACUCUGGCGUUCAAGGGACCCCGUACGUCGGUGGUGGCGGCAGCGAGCCAAGAAAGAUCGAAUCUGAGAUCAAGAACCGUGGUUCUUCCGGUGUUCUUCCCUCCUUUCACAUUUCUCCAGCGGCUAUAGCUCCUUUGGACGCUGACCCAUCUCUUCCUCCUUACGAUCCCCACACCAAUUACCUCUCUCCGAGGCCGCGAUUCCUCCACUACCGUCCCAAUCCUCGGAUCGAUCAGUACCUGAACCAAGAAGGCGACUUGAUGGAUCCAGGGGACGGGAAGCGACUCGAGGACAGCUUCUCCUUCGAAAGCUCUGAGGAGACACCUGGGCAGACCGAGGAAGAACAACAGUCCACACCGGGAGAUGACGAGUGUUCAUCCCCCGAGGUGGAAGCGAUGGAAGAAGAAACAGGUGAAAGCCCUGUUCCUGAAUCUGAAUCCAACCCCAAAUCCACGGGUAAAGGUCGCUCCUUUUGGCAUUACAAGUUUGCUCCCCUUCUCCUAGUUUUGGGCAUUGCUUGCAUCUUUGGCUCCUUCCUUGGAUGUCCUAUUCUGUCAUCUUCCAUGCUGAAAACCCCAGUAAUACCAGCCAUUGAUGAUGUCCAUGUAAGGGACUACCUAGCUGUUGCUGCUCUUGAUCUUAAAGAACUAGCUAGGAAAUUGAGCCAAUGGUCAUUCGAUUCUUUUGCUCGUGACACUACUCUGACUUCCUUGCCAAGAGAAGAAUUUGGUCCCUUUUUUAUGCCUAACUUGACAGCCGCAAAUAUAGAGCAGAGAGAAGACAUAGAUUACAGCUAUAUUGGAACGAUCGUAAGCAAUGAACAUAUUGGUCAGGGCAGCGAGAUGGAGCAACCUUUUGAGGGAGAAAAGCAAGAGGAGAGUAUGGAAGAACAUGAAGUAGACAUAGAUCACAGCUGCAGUGCAACAACGCUUAGCAAUGAACACAUUGAUCAGGGCAGCGCGAUGGAGCAACCUUUUGAGGGAGAAAUGCAAGAGGAGAGUAUGGAAGAACAUGAAGUAGACAUAGAUCACAGCUACAGUGCAACAACGCUUAGCAAUGAACACAUUGAUCAGGUCAGCGAAAUGGAGCAACCUUUUGAGAUAAGUGUGCAACAGGAGGGCAUGGAAGAACAUGAAGUGGAUGUCUCGGGAGAUGAGCUAAAAGAUGAUACAGAGUCUGGGGAUGAGAAGAGUGGAAUUGAAGUAACACAAGGUCUGGAAGAAAAUGAUGUUACAGUGGAGCCAGAGGCUGAUGAUGAUGUUAAAGAGAGUAGCCUUGUGGAAUUUGAGAGUGAGAAGAAGAUUGCAGAGGCUGAUGAUGCCAAAGUAAUGGAAGAAGAAGCAAUAGUUGAUGGCAUUGAAUCCGAGAAGAAUAUUGAGUUGGAGCUCAGGAAAAUGCAGGAUAUUGGUCCUCAUGAUCUUGUGACCCAACAUGAUGAAGUAGCAGGAGGUCAAGGUGAUAGUGGCAGUUCAUCUUCUUCUGCUUCUCAAACACAUGAAGACAGUCCUUCAGCAUCUGGUGAUGAAAGAAUCUCUAAGACCGUCCAAUCCCAAGAGCUUUCGAUGUAUGGAUCAGAUGGUAAACAUGCAAUGAAGCUGGCAGCUGGGCUGUCUUCAGUAGUUCUGCUUGUUGCAUGCUUUACGUUUCUUCUCAUGAAGCAAAGGCAGACGUCUCCCUUGGUGGAUAAUCCCCAGAUAGCUCCAGCAAAGAAGGUGAUCACCAAAUCAGUCUCAGGCAGCAGUGAGAGCCAUGGCCAUGCCAGGGGGUCUCCUUUCCAGAAUACCCCAGUGGUGGACAUGCUGAUGAUGGAUUCUGGUCCUUCAGAAUUCAGCAGUAGCUUGCAGAACAGCACGUCUGUUGGCCGGAGGAGAGCAACCCGAAAAGGCGAAGAGGAAGAGACUGAAAGCAAUGAGAGAAGGCUGAGAAGGGACUCUACAGUGUCAUCCUCUUCCAUUUCUUAUGGAAGUUUCACUACCUAUGAGAAGCUCUCUUCCAAGAAGGGAAGUAGAGAUGAAGAGGUGAUAACUCCAGUGAGAAGAUCAAGCAGGAUCAGAAACCACCAAAUUGCUUCCCCAUGAGGAGGAGGAGAUGAUGAAAUGCUACUCUAAUUACUUGCAGAGUAGUAGUAGCUAACCUUUGUUGCUGUGGUUUGUUGUUGCAAGCAGUCUUAGCUUUUAUUAGAUUGACAUGGCUUUAAUUUUAGGUUGCUGAUUCUUUAUCUUAGGUUGAUUUGUACUUGGGUGUGAGAUAUCUAAUGCAUGAUUGAUCAGCUUUGUGCUGUUCAUUUCAUUUGGAUUA